CGCUCCCUCCCUCACCAUGACAACGGCAGAUUUUCUGCAUCGUCAGAAGAGCGGGACCCGUCGCUGCGGAUGCACGGGCGAUUUAAGUCCAGAUAGCGUGUCCUAACUCAGCUACGAGGAGAUUUUUUACAUGUCGGAGGGUCUCCAGGUCUGAGAGGUACUCCCCAUGAGCGGGAAUCCGACCGGAGGAAGAGGGAGAAGCCGCCUGACUGCGUGACUUGCCACCAACAUGGCUCUGCUUCAUCAGCAUCCCCGGCUGCUGCUCGCCUCCGUCGUCCUGCUGUUUGCCGCCACCCGCAUCUCCGCUCGGUCUUCUCAGAUCUCAGACCUGAAAUCUAAGAUAUCUGGAGUAGAAGAGCUCUUGGAGGAAUUCAGAAAGCAGCUCCAGCAGGACCAGGCUUAUCGGGCAGCCGAGGUAACCGACUCCUGCGUGGGCGACUUCAGCUCCUCCGGGGAGCGCAUCAUCCGGACGAAGGCCUCCAUCGAGCAGGGGGCCGCCUUCCUGCUGGCUCCGGAUAGGGUGUACACCUGGAUGGACUGUCUGCACGCCUGCUGCUCGCAGCCCCACUGCACGGUGGCAGUGGUCCAGGAGGACAUGAGCCGACCCGGAGGCAGCCUCAGCUGUUACCUGUUCAACUGCACCUACAGGAACAAAAACAUCUGCUCCUUCGCUCCGCAGGAAGGCUUCACCACAUACAGCCGGGCUCCUAACAGCACGCAUGGACACCUCCCCGUGUCACCCAGCGUCUCAGCUGGGAGGCCAGCAGAACCAGGACCAGCACCGGAGGAUUAUGCACAAGAUGCGGACGAGCCUCCUCGCGGUGACGCUGGACAGGAUGUGGUGAUCCAGUUACCCACGGACUGGGCCGUCCUGGAUGGGAGGGACAGCGUGGACGACCACGGGAUCACACACUAUGAAUGGACUCUUGUAAAAGGGGACACAGCCAUCAAUAUGAAGGCGACUCACCCGGGGCUGCUGAAGGUCAGUGGUCUCCAGGAGGGCGUCUACAUCUUCCAGAUGACCGUCACCGACACAGACGGACAGAAGAGCUCAGAUAACGUCUCUGUCACCGUCCUGGCGCCAAAGCACCGCGCAGAAGUGUGCACUGGGGACUGCUCCAACUACCAGUUUAAGUGUGAUGACGGCUGCUGCAUCGACAUCUCCUAUGCCUGUGAUGGGAGGCAGCACUGUCCGGACCGCUCGGAUGAGGACUUCUGCACAAACUUUGAUAGCAGCAGAAAGUCGGUGACGCACCCCGUGGACCUGCUCGGCCCCCAGAGGCCUGUCGCUCAGACGGAACCAGCCGAUGAUGCCGUCAUGAUCCCAACUGGAUCCAGGAAAACUGUAGUAUCAACAGUGGACAGGAGCAAACCUGCUUCUCCACAAAGCAUCAGUGAAAAGGAGGCUUCUGUUAGCCAAGAUCCGUGUGCUGCAGCUCCCGUGGUCGGCCCGUGCAAAGGCACCUUCCCGCGGUGGUACUACGACCACAAGGCAGGAGAAUGCAAACACUUCCUGUACGGCGGUUGCCAGGGUAACCAUAACAACUUCCUCCAGGAGUCUGACUGUGUCAGUGAAUGUAUACAGAAAAGUCCCGCUUUCAGGCCAACAAGUGCAUCUGCCCCAGUCACCAAGCAGGCUGCGACAGCUGCUCCUAAAGUCUCCCAAAGCCGACCAGAGGGCGAAUCCCCCAUCGUUAAGCCGUUUCUAGAGAUGGGCGGACAUCCAGGACCAGAGUCAGGCGCGAUUCUUCCUCUGGCUCUCGGCAUUCUCAUCACCGCCCUGCUGCUGCUCAUGAUCGGCUGUCGUCUGAGACUCGUCCGCCACAAACUAAAGAAAGCUCGGCCCCUCACCACAGAGGAAUCGGAUUACCUCAUCAACGGCAUGUACCUGUAGCCCGAGUGUGAGGAACAAACUGCUACAUCUGAUCCAGAUGCAUCAAACUUUGUCCUCAUAUUACAAGCUGCUUCCUUCAGAAUCACUGAACCCUUUUUAAGUGUCUUUAAGAACAUUUGUGAACCAACAUUUUCUUGAUUUUUGACUUAUUUGUGACACACUGUAAAGAAAAAUGCUUUCUGCUGCUGCGUGUCAUGAGUUUGUCGUUUGCAGCAUAUUUUCCAGUAUUGCAGUGCCUGUCAAACCAACAACCGCCAUCAUCUUUUCAGGUCAGAAUCAUAAAAGCCAUAACAUAUCCUAAUAGUUCAUUUACAUCCCAGUCUUACGGUUUCCUUUAAACAGCAAACACACGUGAUAUUUGCACAUGUUUAAGCAGCAACGUCUUUCAUGAGUUUAUUUAAGAAAACUAAAUAAAAGUGGAAAAAGUUGACAAGGGA